AUGCAAGUCAGCCAGAAAAAGGUCCAGACCAACAGCGCUGGUGUGGACCCCAUCAGGCCUAAAAAGCUCCACCUGGUCGGCAUAAAUGCCUGGAUGCCUAAUGAUGAACCCAUGCAACUCAGCAACAGCCUGACCUACCAGCCUAUUAAGUUUCUUCCAAGCCCUGUAAGCGGCAGCUGGAGAAUAAAACCUGCUCCAGUGAAGCCUGGGCAACACAUUGGACCACCCGAUACUCACACUAGGUAACCAAGCAGAAAGCCAGCGGAGAUUCGAGCGGAUAACCCGAGCCAGGUCUAGCACUGAAACAGACCACAAAUCGUUUCCCCCGAGAUGGAGCACCAGGAUGUGCGGACUCCCCCAUCGAGCGUUGUCCGAACCAGCGGACACACACCCGAAAGGGUUGGACCCCCAGAGCCUGGAAUAG